AUGCCCUUGACAUUAAACACCUCGGCAUCUUUUGCCCUUACCUCCUCUACAGCAUCGGGAGAUGAUUGGGGUCGCGCAUAUCAAACAAAAACAACCAUCAAUAAAGACGGUACUACGCGUACGAAACGUACUCAACGUCUUGGGGAGCCCGUUAUUGAAGAAACACGACGAUGGGAUGGAAAGGGACGAAGAGUCCUGGAGGAUGGAAGUAUCUACGAGAAAAAUGGCAAGGGGAAAGGAUGGGUACAAGUCCAGGAACCUACUGUGAAACCAAUUCAGAAUACGAAUAAGGGGGGAAGUCGGAGGAAGGGAACGAUUUUGGGAAUGACGUGUGAGCCGAGUAAGAAUGUGGUGGGGAAUGGAAAUGGGUUGGGGAGUAAUUUUGGGAAAGGAGGGGUGGGGAAAGGAACGGAAAAUUGGUUGAAUGGAAUUAUGGCGAGGGUUGCAAAUGACGCGCUGGAGAGUAGAGGGAGGGGGAGGAUUGUGCAGGAGGUCGAGAGUGAGGAGAGUGAAGAGAAAAGCGAGGAGGAUAGUGCGGAUGAAUAUACUGAUAGUGAGGGAUACACUAGUGGAGAGUAUACGAGUAGCGAGGGAGAAGAGGAGGAGGAAGAAGAAGAAGAAGAAGAAGAGGUAGAAGAAAAACCAAAAGCCAAGAAGAAUGCUACGACGACGAAGAGCAAGAGUAAGGUCGGGACGCCAAAACAGCCAGUUCCCAAGAAAGAAGUGGGGAAAAAGCAGAAGCCAGCGAAAAAGCAACUUGUACAGGAGGAAGAGUCUAGUAGCGAGGAGGAAUCUGAUGACGACGAGGAUGAUGAUGGGUACGUGAUUGAAGAGAUAACUUCAUCUGACGGAAGAGAAUCAUCUUCCGAGGAAGAGGAGGAGGAGGAAGAAGAAGAUGAAGAGGAAGAAGAAGAAGAAGUGAAAAAGCCAGAGCCUAAAAAGCCAGAACCCAAGAAGCCCGCAGAGAAGAAAUCAGCAGAAACGCCCAAAGGAAAGUUUUCCAAGAAGAGCGUCGCGAUUCCAUAA